AUGAACAUCGUGCCCUCGGGAGAAGCCAGAGCCACCAGCAACUCCACACAUGAAACUCCCGAGGCCUCCCUGGGCAAGGUGGCUGACAGCAAGCCUGCAGACGGCUCGGCAGGGGGCUCCCAAAGUCAGGGCCCUCUUCUUGCAGAUGUCUCAGUGACAAGCAGCACUGCAGCAUCUGCUGAAGGACAAGAUGUAAAUCAGGCCUCCUUCAAGACAGCCACCUCCGAGGUCAAGUCAACUUCUGGGGACGAAGACAAGUAUGGAGAUGUUUCAGGCAACAGCCAGGACAAGCCUGGAGAGAUCAUGUCUCCACAAGACCUAAGUCACCUGCAAAGGUCCAUGAGCCUGCAUAACCCAGUGUGGGACAGGCAGGUUCCAGAUGCAAGGGAAACUCAGAGUCUAGUGGUUUUCCCAAAUGACUCCCUGGGGAAGGAAAAGCCACCACAAGUGGCCAGUGCUCCCAGCAGGGAGCCGGAAUUAGCUCCAUCCAGCCCGGGCGCUAAGGUGCAGUCUGCCCAAAAUGCGGAGGUUUCGCCCACCACGAGUGCUGCUGAAAAGUCCGCUGUAGAUGCCAAUGGUCAGCUUGACCUUCAGGCUACCAGUGUCCCAGAGGCUGCUGAGAAAGCUGAGGGUUCAAAGGCCUCAAACCCUGGCACCGAAGCUCUGCCAUCAGAUGAGCCCCCGAUGGUGAUGGAGGAGGAUCUGGUGGACAGCUCAAGGGAUCCGCAGCCCUGGCCGUCCCCUCCCUCCCCGGGAGGCAGCACCCCCAACUCACCCGACCCCUACCAGGUGGCCUUGGGAAGGAGGCUCCUAGACUCGAACCUGUACAUGGCCAGUGAGGACGACUACAUGCGCUCCAUGACUAGCCUGCUGGGUGGGGGCGAGGGCACCACCAGCUCGCUGGCGGACAUCCUCGUGUGGCCGGACACCACCGUGGCCAUGGGCGUGGCCGUGGGCUUGCUAGCCUCCGACCACAGCUCCGUGACAGACCUGCUGCACAGCGCAGGGCCCAGCCUGCGCUCGGUCUCCAGCCUGCUGGGGAGCGCCAGGUCAGCCUUCUCCUCCGGGCUGGCAUCAGGGACCAGCUCGGCCCUGCGCUUGGUCACCCACACACUGGGGACGGUGGAGCGCAGGACCCUGCAGGGCCUCCGCUCAGCCCUGCGCUACCUGACCUCUCACCUCACCCCGCGCCGGGCCCGUGCUGGCCCCAACUGUGAAUAG